UGCACGUUUACUUUAGGCUUUGGAGAUACAGACAUGAUGAAGUUUGUGGUGCUUGCUCUGCUGGUUGCUGGUGCGUACGGGUGUGGCACACCCACCUUCCCUCCUGUGGUGAGCCGAGUGGUUGGAGGAGAAGAUGUCAGACCUAACAGCUGGCCAUGGCAGAUUUCCUUGCAGUACAACAGCAACGGUGAGUUUAGACACACCUGUGGAGGCACUCUGAUCUCAGACCAGUGGGUCCUGACCGCUGCUCACUGCAUCAGUUCAGGCAGGGAGUAUGCUGUGGUCUUGGGAAAGCACAACUUGAAAGAAGCAGAGGAAGGUUCUGUGACCAUGAGAACCUCCAACAUCAUUGUGCACGAGAAGUGGAGCCCUUUGUUCAUUCGCAAUGACAUUGCUCUCAUCAAGCUGGAGUCCCCGGUUAAAUUCUCUGACAMCAUCAUGGCUUCCUGUCUUCCCGCUGACGGCUUCAUCCUCCCCCAUGACGAAUCCUGCUAUGUGACUGGGUGGGGGCGCAUCUACACCGGUGGUCCCAUUGCUGACAUCCUGCAGCAGGCUCUGCUGCCAGUGGUGGACCAUGAAACCUGCAGCAAAUCUGACUGGUGGGGCUUCCAGGUGACAGAAAACAUGGUCUGCGCAGGUGGAGAUGGAGUUGUGUCCGGUUGUAAUGGAGACUCUGGCGGUCCUCUGAAUUGUCAGAAUGCUGAUGGAACCUGGGAGGUUCAUGGAAUUGUCAGCUUUGGCUCUGGGCUCAGCUGCAACUUCCCCAAGAAACCCACCGUCUUCACCCAAGUCAGCUCCUACAUUAGCUGGAUCAACUCUAAAAUGGUGGCGUAUUGAUAAGGGCAGCUUUUAAGGACACAAACAAGCACAUGGACACUUGAAAAAAAAA